AGGAGCCCAACACUUCAGAACUGUCUUCUGCUGUGUGUGUGGCAGAGAGCAACUUCUCGGCAGACCUGGGGUGUGGCGGCUUUGAAAACACUGAAAGAAAUCAGAGACCGCUCAACGUUAGCUACCUAACGGCGCAUAUUAUUCAAAACCCUCGGUGAUCAGUGAACGAACGGACUUAACCGAGCAAGAAAACAACGGGGAUUUUUGCAUUUUCCGAUUCAUUCAGUUUCUCGUCGCCGAUUAUCUCUUAUAGUUCGGUUUGCUUUUUAAACACCUGAGCACAAGGGGUUGAUCUCAACUUUUUAAAAAAACUUUUGGGAUUUGUGGAUAUGAGUUUUUCUCCCUCCCUGUCCGCGUGAUGUAAAACUCCAGCGUCUGGCUACUUGGUUUCUCUUGGGAGCCUUAAACGUCAAAACAUUCCAGGUGUUGUCCUAAUCUGAGUAUCUUAAAUAUAUACAUUACAUUUUUUUUCCAAUCCCAAAACGUCUUUUGAAAGAUUUUUCGGACGUAUAAAACGUCAGUUUUGGAUCUACUAGUCUUUUAAAGACAUUUCCCCUCCUUGGACAUUUUUUUCAAAGCCAAAAGAGGAAGUUAGUCACGGAAGACUAUUUAAAAACCUCCAGUCGCUUUAAAGGGUUAUACCUUUUCGUUUUUUUCUCCUAAAUCUACACUCAUAAAUCCGUCGCCCUGAAGCGCGCAUUCGGAACCAUGGGCUGUACUGUGAGCCAGGAAGAUAAAGCCGCGGCAGAGCGGUCCAAAAUGAUUGACAGGAAUCUGCGCGAGGACGGCGAGAAAGCCGCCAAAGAAGUGAAACUGCUGCUGUUGGGUGCUGGAGAAUCAGGGAAGAGCACCAUCGUAAAACAGAUGAAGAUUAUUCAUGAGGACGGCUACUCGGAGGAAGAGUGCAAGCAGUAUCGAGCUGUGGUCUACAGUAACACCAUCCAGUCCAUCAUGGCCAUCAUUAAAGCCAUGAGCAACCUCAAGAUCGAAUAUGAGGACGGUGGCAGAGCGGAUGAUGCACGUCUGUUGUUUUCCCUGUCCGGGGCGGCAGAGGAACAGGGCAUCCUGCCAGACGACCUGGCCAAUGUCAUCACCAGACUGUGGGCUGAUGGAGGGGUACAGAGCUGCUUCACCCGGGCCAGAGAAUACCAGCUCAACGACUCCGCUGCGUAUUAUCUGAAUGACAUGGAGAGGAUAGGAAAAGUAGACUACAUCCCAACCCAGCAGGAUGUGCUAAGGACCAGAGUGAAGACCACUGGCAUCGUAGAGACACAUUUCACCUUCAAAGACCUGCAUUUCAAGUAA